AUGUCGACAGCGUCAAAACAGAGGUUGAUGGCGGAAUACAAGACUCUGGACAAGGAGAAGUGGCUCAACAUUGAGCUGAGUGAUGGUGGAAUAUUCAAAUGGGUGAUUGGCAUCAUGGUGAUCAACCCAGAGAGUGCUUUUGACGGCGGGUACUUCCAGACCGAGAUGACCUUCACCGACAAAUAUCCAUACUCACCUCCCACUUUCAAAUUCCUCCGACCGAUAUACCACCCGAAUAUAUACCCUGAUGGGAGGGUCUGCAUAUCGAUCUUGCAUCCGCCUGGGGAGGAUGAACAGUCUGGGGAGUUGGCAAGCGAACGUUGGUCUCCGCUACAAGGCGUUGAGUCUGUGUUACGUUCAGUAUUGCUCCUACUCGAUGACCCAGAGAUUGCUUCACCCGCCAACGUGGACGCUGGUGUGAUGUACCGAGAUAAUCGAGCAUUGUAUAAUUCAAAGGCGCAGGAUGCAGUAAAGGCAUCGAAGAAGGACAUUCCGGCAGGCUUCGUAAUGCCCACGACCUUAGAGUCUGCUCCCCCAGAGAAAAUUACAGAGGACGACAAUUUCUGGAACGAGAGCGGGGGAGAGGAGGACGAUUUUGGAGCCAGUGACAGUUCUGGAGAUGACUUUGGAAUGGACGACGACGAGGAAGAGGAGGGUGAGGAUGAGGAAGAAGAUGAGGCGUAG